CGGACGUAUUUUCACGUCGGACUUGACUUCCGGCUUGUUGCUACCUAACCAGCGUGAAGUGAAAGUGCUGCCUGGUCUUGUUGUUAACUCCAUUUGACGCGUUUGAUACUUUUUAAAAUAGCUCAACAAUUGCCGUGCGUGACUCGUCGAACGACAAGAAAGGACUUGCUGCUUUUCUUUUUCUUUGAAAAAAUCCUGUUCGUGGACCGUAGCGGCUUUCUCCGUUGCAAGCUAGCAUCAGGGCUAACCUGAAAGCGUCGGACGGGCGACCAACGAACUCUUCUGGCCGUCCGCUUUCUCCUGGCUCGGACGCUCAACGCCACGGAGACGCCCAGCAGCAUUUCAUGCGUGCGCGGGAGUUCGCUCGGACAUUUUGAUGGGAGGCGGCUGGCCGCCGCCGGCUGGACGUCGCGGGCAGAACUUACGAGCAAGGCGGAGGCAACGGCGGCAGCAGCAACCGCGGCCGCGACGUUCCGGGCCCGCAUGGAGUCUCUGGCCGGCUACGUGCACAAGGCGGCCGGCGAGGGUCGCGUCCUGACGCUGGCCGCGCUGCUGCUCAACCACAGCGAGGCCGAGACUCGCUUCCUGCUGGGCUUCGUCAGCCAGCAGGCGGGCCAGAGGUCCACGCCGCUCAUUAUCGCCGCCCGCAACGGACACGACAAGGUGGUCCGCCUGCUGCUCGACCACUACCACGUGGACCCCGAGCAGCUCGGCAGCACGCGCUUCGACGGCUACACCAUCGAGGGAGCGACGGCGCUGUGGUGCGCGGCGGGGGCCGGCCACUUUGAGGCGGUGCGCCUGCUGGUGGCUCACGGCGCCAACGUCAACCACACCACCGUCAACAACUCCACGCCGCUGCGGGCGGCCUGCUUUGACGGGCGGCUGGACAUAGUGCGCUUCCUGGUCGAGCACGCCGCCGACAUGUCCAUCACCAACAAGUACAACAACACCUGCCUGAUGAUCGCCGCCUACAAGGGCCACGGCGAGGUGGUGCGCUUCCUGCUGGAGCGUGGCGCCGACCCCGACGCCAGGGCGCACUGCGGGGCCACCGCCCUGCACUUUGCCGCCGACGCCGGCCACCUGGGCGUGGUGGGCGAGCUGGUGCGGCGGCACGCCGUCAUGACGGCCAACGGGCACGGCAUGACGCCGCUGAAGGUGGCGGCGGAGAGCUGCAAGGAGGAUGUGGUGGAGCUCCUGCUGGCGCACGGCAACUGCGAGCCGGCGCAUCGCGUGGAGGCGCUGGAGCUGCUGGGCGCCUCCUUCGCCAACGACCGUGAGAACUACGACAUCGGCAAGACCUACCGCUACCUGCGCGCCGCCAUGGACGAGCGGCAGCGCCACGGCGACGCCGUUCCGGCCAAGGAGCCGCCGCUGCCGCCGGCCGAGGCCUACGGCGGCCGGCCCGAGUGCCGCACGCCGGCCGAGCUGGACGCCAUCCGGGCCGACCGCGAUGCGCUGCACAUGGAGGGCCUGAUGAUCCGCGAGCGCAUCCUGGGCGCCGACAGCGCCGACGUGUCGCACCCCAUCAUCUACCGCGGCGCCGUCUACGCCGACAACAUGGAGUUUGAGCGCUGCAUCAAGCUGUGGCUGCACGCGCUGCGCCUGCGCCAGCGCGGCCACCGCAACACGCACAAGGACCUGCUGCGCUUCGCCCAAGUCUUCUCGCAGAUGCUGCACCUGAAGGAGCGGCUGGCCCCCGACGCGGUGGAGCAGGUCCUGGGCUGCAGCGCGCUGGAGAUCAGCCGCAGCAUGGAGCGCGCCCAGUCGGCGCCCGACGGCGAGCUGGCUCAGGCGUCCGACAACUACGAGUCCAACAUGCUGACUUUCCUCUACCUGGCCUGCAUCGCCACGAAGACGUCGUGCGCCGACGAGCGGCAGCGCACCCGCAUCAACAAGCACGUGUACGACGUGGUCCGGCUGGACCCGCGGGCCCGCGACGGCACCACGCUCCUGCACCUGGCCAUCAGCUCCAGCACGCCCGUCGACGACUUCCACACCAACGACGUGUGCGGCUUCCCCAACGCCCAGGUGACUAAGUUGCUGCUGGACUGCGGGGCCCGCGUGGACGCGGUGGACCAGGAGGGCAACACGCCGCUGCACGUGAUCGUGCAGUACAACCGUCCCAUCAGCGACUUCCUGACGCUGCACGCCAUCAUCAUCAGCCUGGUGGAGGCGGGCGCGCACACGGACCGCACCAACAAGCAGAAGAAGACGCCGCUGGACAAGAGCACCACUGGCGUGUCGGAGAUCCUCCUCAAGACGCAGAUGAAGAUGAGCCUCAAGUGCCUGGCCGCGCGCGCCGUGCGGCGCCACCGCAUCGCCUACCGCAAGCAGAUACCCGCCAGCCUGGAGGAGUUUGUCGAUUUCCACUGACCUCCGUCCGUCCGUAUCUGGCAAACGUUAUCGGAGGAGGCGCAGUCAGUCAGUCGGUCGGUCGCACUGGCAACGGUCGGCCGGUUGCCGGAUCGCCACCUUGCUAUGAUGGUACGGGAGACGCUGCACUCAGACGACAAGCGCGACAGGGCUCAGGCGCCGCAAACAACGGCACGGCACGGCAUUGGCACGUCAAGCCGCCGGACUCAACAUCCACGUUAGUCAUGAGUCCGUUCUACCGUUUUAGAAUGUUUUCCCAGCCCACGUGCAAAUAUAUUCUGUCUUUCUACAUGUCUAUUUUUUUUAAACGAGCUUAAUCGCUCGAAACAAAAAAUCACUUUUCCAAUUCCAGUUUGCACGAUGCCAAAGUUGACGUGGCCCAAAUUUCAGAUGUCAGGAUACCUGCCGGAUGUUAGCGACUUGGCAUGGCAAUCAAUGAAUGACCUCGUGCUAGCUAAAAAAAACAAAGCAGUGUCAAGAUAGCACGAAAUCCUGACUCGCUAACCUUUUUGAAAGUGAUGCCGUUUUACUGUGCUCAUUCAUGCCAAGGGCUCCCACUUUGCUACACGCUUACAAAUGAUAUUCAUUUAUCUCACGAUAUCGAUCAUGUGAAUGAUUUCUCGCAAUAAUCAGGAAAUGAGACUAAAUCAAUAUGCAACGUUUCAAUUUGCAAAUGAAGACCAAUAGAAAGGAGGAUUCCUCGAAAGUCACUACGUCCCAUGACUGGCGAGCGAUUGCUCACGCGUCACAACGUUGUCCCUCGAUGACUCCGCCGACAGGGACCUCAUCUCAUGAACAUGGAACCUUCCGCCAAGCGGAAGUGUGUGCGAGUGUGAACUUUUAUUUUGAAAUUGACAAGCUCUGAUUGUGUGACUUGAUUUAAUGCAGUGGUGCUUAACCUUUUUCCUUGUCCGCACCCCGGCCAAUUCACCAACCCCUAACCCUAAAGAAUUAUUAUAAUAAUUGGUUUACUUUACAGCUAUAAGGCUGAAUUAGCAUGCCAAUUAACAGAAUGACUUUUUGACUUUUUUCCAGAAUUGUUCACUUUUCUCGGUUACCCCACCAUUAUCCCCGAAAGAUGGUCAAUUUCCCCCAGGGUAUCCUCGCACCCUUUAGGAAGCCCCCCCCCCCCCGGUUAAGAACCACUGAUUUAAUGGAAUAUUUUGGACAAAUGUUCCAUCUCCGCCAACUAAGUGCCUCAGAAUACGCUUCAUUGUGGAAAUCACGUGACGACAAACAACGUUAGGAUGGCAACAUCGAUGACUCCAAGAAAAAAAAGACACAGAUGAUGUCAAACAUAACGGUGACGAGCCAGUCACAACAAAGAUGACAACAAGGACAAUAAUAGGAACGACCACGACGGCAAAACAAUUGCAGGGAACAAUAGCGAAAUGUUAUGUACAUUGACAAAAACAACUGUGACGAAGACAGCACUCAAGAACAAUGACAAAUAACAUGGACCACAAUGUUUCCUUACCAAAUGUAAAAGAAUGACAAAAUCAUUAAAAAUGGACAGAUUUUCAAAA